AUGGAAACUAAGAAUCAAGACGAGGCUCUCUUCAAGCACUUCAAGAAUUCAGAGCUUACCAACCACUUUACUGUCCCCCCUGUUGGCUUAGCGGGAGGCAUAUCCUUAUCUUGGAUAGAUGAUCUUCAGGUUGAAAUUCUCUUCUCCUCCCCAAAUAUUAUUGAUACAAAGAUUGAGGCACAUGGAACCUCUAGCUUCGUUUCCUUCAUUUAUGGGGCUCCAAACCCGUCAGACCGCCCUGCCUUCUGGAGUAAGUUGACAGAGCUAGGAGCUGAGAGAGAAGAAGCUUGGCUCCUCACCGGAUAUUUUAAUGAUCUCCUCGAUAACUCGGAGAAGGUGGGCGGUCCAAUCCGUUGGGAAGGAUCCUUCCUAUCCUUUAGAAGCUUUGUAUCCCAAAUGGGUUUAUGGGAUUUUCAACAUUCUGGUCGCUGUGAGUAUUUACGCUUUGAAGGCUCUGACCACCGUCCAAUAGUAGUCCACUUCGACGUCUCGACUCGAAGGAAGAAGGGCUUGUUUCGCUUUGAUCGACGACUGAAGGACAAACCAAAGGUGAGACAACUGGUGGAGGCCCAAUGGAAGAAGGAACAGCUUGACUCUGUCUUGACGAGAAUUGGAAACAUCAGACACAGCAUCAUUAAGUGGACGCGGGAGCAAAACCUUAACAGCAACAGAGCGAUACAAUCGGCUCAGCAAAGACUGGAAGAAGCUCUCUCUAACCCGGUACCGGACGCCAUGCUUAUUGGAGAACUCACUACAACGCUCGAAUCAGCAUACAAGGAGGAAGAGCUUUUUUGGAGACAGAGGAGCAGGAUUCUCUGGCUACAAUGCGGCGACCGGAACACAGCUUACUUUCAUGCGGCGACUCAUGGCAGACGAGCUGUCAAUAAGUUCUCGGUCCUAGAGGAUGUUGAAGGUAAAGCGAGGUUCAAGGAGCAGGAGAUUGUGCAGUGCAUCACAGUCUAUUACUCUCGGAUAUUCUCAGCUCAAAUGUCAGAUUCAUCUCAGGUGGUUCAUGAAGGGAUCACUCCCUUAGUUACUGGCGCCUGCAGCCGUUCCUCCCAGCCCUUAUCUCCGAUCACCAGUCGGCCUUUAUUAAAGGGCGAGCGUUCAGAUAAUGUUCUGAUUACGCAUGAGAUUUUGCACUACCUUCAACACUCUGAGGCUAAGGUCCGAUGCAGCAUGGCUAUAAAGACCGACAUGAGCAAGGCUUAUGACCGUAUAGAAUGGGGGUUCUUACGUAACGUCUUGGCUCGGUUUGGUUUUCAUGAACUAUGGAUAUCCUGGAUAAUGACGUCCGUCACCUCCGUCUCGUACUCUUAUCUAGUAAAUGGUGCUGCACAAGGGAAAGUGAUGCCUACUAGAGGAAUCCGGCAAGGAGACCCCCUCUCCCCAUAUCUUUUUAUCCUGUGCACAGAAGUGCUUUCGGGCCUGUGUAGGAAAGCGCAGCAGAAAGGGGAGGUGGUCGGGGUGAAAGUAGCGCGCAGUAGUCCAGCAAUCAACCACCUACUUUUCGCCGACGAUACCAUGUUCUUCACCAGGACGGAUCACAGAAGUUGUGCUGCCUUAAUCGCUAUCUUAAAGAAGUAUGAAGAAGCCUCCGGUCAGUUCAUUAAUUUGGAGAAAUCAGCAAUAACAUUCUCAGCCAAGACGCCAGGGGAAGCUAAGAGGAGGAUCAGAGAUCAGCUACAGAUCCUAAAUGAAGGAGGACUUGGAAAAUAUCUCGGUUUACCGGAACACUUCGGCCGGAAGAAACGAGACGUCUUUGCGUCACUGGUCAAUCGUAUUCGCCAACGCUCACAUAGCUGGACAACUAGGUUUCUCACGGGAGCUGGAAAACUGAUUCUUCUCAAAUCUGUGCUAGCAGCGAUGCCCAUUUACUCCAUGUCUUGCUUCAAAUUGGCUUUGUUGCUGUGCAAGCAGAUCCAAUCAGUGUUAACGAGGUUCUGGUGGGAUAUCUCCCCAGAGGUUAGGAAGAUGUGUUGGGUAUCGUGGCAAAAGCUCACAAAACCUAAAAGCGCAGGAGGACUGGGGUUUAGAGAGAUCGAACAAUUCAAUGAUGCAAUGUUAGCAAAACUCUCGUGGAGGAUCAUGAAGAACCCGACCUCUCUACUGGCAAAGACUCUCACAGGGAAGUAUUGUGUUCAUGAGUCUUUCCUUGAGGCCCAAGAUCCCUCGAGCGCCUCCCAUGGCUGGAGAGGGAUUCUUGUAGGGCGGGACCUGCUGAGGAAAGGCAUAGGAUGGGCUAUUGGAUCAGCCUGGCGCGUCAGUAGUCUCAUAACACCAGGAACCAACGAGUGGGACGUUGAGGCUAUCAGGGAAACCUUACCACAUUAUGAGAACUUCAUCCGCAGACUGAUCCCAAGUGCACUGCAAGCGCCCGAUGAAUUGGUUUGGCUCCCCAAUGCGUCGGGAGAAUAUACUACAAAAUCAGGUUAUGCGGUGGCUAAACUCUGCAACGGAACACAGGAAGACAGGACUUUCAAGUGGAAGAAGUGCAUUUGGCAGGUGGAUACUUCCCCAAAAAUCAAACAUUUCAUGUGGAAGGCUAAUAACAGAGCACUCCCUGUUGGCUCUGUUUUACAAGCUCGAGGUUUAUCGUCGGAGGUCGUCUGCAAGAGAUGUGGAGCAGUGGAGACGGAGCUUCACGUCCUGCUAAAGUGCCCGUUUGCGGCUAAAGUCUGGGACCUAGUCCCGUGUAUGUUCAAACCGUCAGUGGAUAAUACAAACUCGAUAUCUUCUCUCUUGCAGCAAUGUAGGAGAAUGCUCUCUCUCCCCCCAUCGGGUCUAGGAACAACCCCGCUAUAUCCAUGGAUUCUUUGGAUCCUUUGGACAAAUAGGAACAAGCUGAUGUUUGAAAAUACGGUCUUUUCUGAACAAGACACUGUGCUUAAAGCCCUCCAAGAUGCUCGAGCGUGGAAGGCUGCUCAAUCGUGUGAUAAAAUGCCUUCUAUACCACAGUGUGUGGUCCAUCUUUCUCAGUUACCAGUUGCUAACUCUUACACUUGGUCAUCUUAUUCAGAUGCAGCUUGGAACCCAUCGACAUGGAACUGCGGGAUUGGCUGGCUCCUUCGUGAUGCCGACAAUGCUGUUGCAGAAAGAUCCUCCUCGUACUGGCGUUAUGUUCCUUCGGCUCUUGUGGCCGAAGCUUUGGCGGUCAAAGCGGCAAUCACCGCUGCAAUCUCUUCACAUGUCAGUAGCAUUCGUGUCUACUCCGACUCUAAAAACCUCGUUUCGCUCUUGAAGAAUCAAGGACAGGAUGUGGUGUUGAAAGGCGUUCUCCAUGACAUCAAUGUGUUGGCUCGCUCUUUUUCCUAUAUCUCAUUUAUAUUUGUCCCGCGUUUAAAAAAUGUUGAGGCUGACUUGCUUGCUAAAGCAGCCCUCUUUCCCAUUGACUCGGAUGGAACCUUGUAG